CUUGGACUAAAAUAUUUAUUUAUAAUAAGCUAGCUAGUAGUAUGAUAAUUCGAUUCUGGAGUGGAUCAGUUAUGGAUUGAGUCUCUUGGGCCAAUUAUGGAAUGAAUCCAAAUCAAAUUUAUUAUAUCGAUAGAUAGAGUCUUCAAGCCAAGUUCAAGUUAUCUGAUUAAGACCAGCCCGGCCCACUAAACAGCUUCACCUUCUUAACUUACACCAACCUCAAUAAUCAAUCUUUCAUCCCUCCUAUCAUAAGAUUCGCCUAUAAUUAAUUUUAAAUAUUUUGUUAAAUUGAAUAAAAUAAUAUACAACAUAUUGAUUAAUUCUAUAGAUAAUUUUACUAUCAGAAUCAGACUCUCUUUCCCUCUCUCUCUCUCUCUCUCUCUCUCUCUCCGUAUCUUUCUCGUCCCUCCCUCCUCCGUUUCGUAGAGAUAUUUUUAAUUCUCGUAACCCCACCCUCCUCAUUCUCUCUCACUUGAAAAUUUCGACUUGCACCCACCGAGACCCUUUACUCCUCCCUUCCGAUUAACACCAACCGUUGGAUGCCAUGCUCAUACCCCACAAGUAAAAUUUUUGUUUUCCCGUCUGCUCUGCCACUUCAUCUUCCUGUGUUCUUCUGUUGCUUAAAUAUCAAAUGCCUCCGCUUCUGCAUGUACGCUUAUCGAGUUUAAAGAUCAUGACUUGCACUGUAGGGUUUAUUGGCAACCCUUCUUUUCAAUGGAUCGUAAGCUCGUAUAAAUUGCUGCUGGGGAAUCAAGAUGGCUUGUAGAGGCGUAGCAUGUGAAGAGUGCACAAGAAAUUGUAAGACAUAUCACAAAAACCAAAAUGGUCAACCGCCCGUGGUUGCUCGAUUUUUUAAAGUUAUUUAUGGGAAGGAUUGCUCACGAGUUCUGUAUGUGCCUCCCGAGUUUACUUCUAAAGUGAAGCAUUUGGUCAACCAAAAAAUUCAACUUGAAGAUUCAUGCGAGCAGCAUUGGUCUGUUACAUUGUACAAAGAUGCUGAUGAUUCACUGGUUUUCCGGAAGGGAUGGAAAGAAUUUUUUCAACACCAUAAUCUGAAGGAAGGGGAAUUCUUGGUAUUUAACUAUAUGAGAGGGAACCAUUUUAUAGUUCAAAUAUUUGGAAAAAGUGCUUGUGAAAGAUUCAAUUUCAAAAAUGAAAAGCCCCAGCAGAACAAAAGACCUAGAAGAGUCAGUGAAACAGAUGGCCCACAUGAACUGUUUGAACAAACUAAUAUAAAUUUGAGGGAUAAAUCUAGCUUAGAAACUUCAGUUGCUUCUGGAAGGGAAGCACAUAACUCUAAUAAGCAACUGGUGGUGAACAAUGCUAACUUUGAAGGACCGCAAUUUCCGUUCAGCGCUAAUUGCAUGGAGGAUCUCAAUUGCAUGAUCAACCGAACUGAAGGGUAUCAAGGAGAAGAAAUGGGCAUUUUGUUCGAUUUGUCAGCUUUUGAGAUGGGGAACACAACUAAACAAGCAAAUAUGCUUGAUGAAGCUUUAGAAACAGAUGUAAGCCAAUCACUUCCGAAAAUUUUGGAGUAUGCUGACAAAUUUGGGAAAGCAAUAGACAUGAAGGUUGCCUCUACUCAUCCUGGAGGUGCAGAACAAUCUAAUAUACACAGUAACAACACUCAAAACCCUGUAGUCCACACAAAUAUGGUUGAUAGAAAUUCUUGCACUUUGUCUGGCAUGUUUAAUCAAGGGUUAAACACAAAAAUUGUCGAAGAGAUUGUAGAGCAGCAAAAAAGAACGGGGCAUGACAAUCAAAUUGCUGUGGACCUUAAAGAUGGUAAUGGUGCCUUUUCUGGCGAUAUUUUCACUAAAAAGUUUGAGAAUGAUUCGCACUAUAAGGUUCCCCCCUGUGCUGAAAUUUCUGGGAAAAGUAAGACAAAGAAUGAUUCUACUGAAACAGCUACUGUCCGUACAUAUUCUGUUAUUGGCCAAUCUGGCGGCAUUUUGAGUGAUAAGCUCCAUACCAAACAGUCCGAGCUUAGUAAACUGAGCAAGGAUGGGUCAGAUAUUACUCCAAAAUUUCUCCAUGGCAAUGACAGUAUCCUGGAUUCCAAUGAUGAAUCUGAUCUUGCAGGCUGUGCGACUGCUUCAAAAGAAAAUACUGCAAAUCAGUCUUUAUCCUUCAGUGCAAUGUUCAAGAAUUCCCUUGAAACAGGGAAGCAUUGUAUCAAGAAAGAGCUGGUGGAGUUGAAACAGGAACCUGUUGGUUUCCCAGUGUCAUAUUGUGGAAAAGAGCCUAAUACAGAUAGGAGACACGAUCAGGUGUUAUCCACCUUUGUAAAAAUUGAACCCGAUACAUUGCCUUCUUUGGGUUCCUUUUCAGUUGAAGUGAAAACCCUAUCUUACCUGGAGUUGCCGGUGCAGAUCCCAUCAGGCCUGUGGCCCGGACGCAGAGAGAGGGGGGCUCAGACGAAGGCUGUAUAUGUGAAAGACCCGCAGGGGAGGGUGUUCCCGGUGCUCUACCUUGAUGAAAGUCCUAAGUGGGUUCUAGCGGAUAACUGGAGCAGCUUUUGUGAAUGGAACAACAUCAAGGUUGGCGACAAAUGCUCAGUGGAGUUUGGAAAUGACAUGGUUAGCAUUUGCAAAAUUGAUUAUGCAGACGACCAGAUUUAGAUCCAGCUCCUUCUCAGCUGGAAUGAAUGAACGAACUAGAGAACAGAAAGAAAGAAAGAAAGAAGAGUAGUUGUCGUGAUCUGACUGGCUGACCCACCCCUGCCAUUCUCCUUCCUAUGUGGCUGCCUAUAUCCACUCUACUCUGAAUUUUCUCUAAUGCUUGCUUUGUAGUGCAUUAUGCAUGCAUGCAUCUUGUUGGUUCCA